AUGGAUUUUCAGAUUAUACUAGAUGAAUAUGCUUGUGCAACAUAUGUUGUUGAAUAUGUCGAUAAGCAUAAUAGAGGGAUUAGUAAUUUGCAAAGACAAAUAAUUGACAUAAUGGACGAGCAUCCAGAAUUCGACAUUGUCGAUAUCACGAAAAAAAUGAGUAUUGACAUACUUCAGUCUGUUGAAAUGCCGGCACAAGAAGCUGCUUGGUAUUUAUUAAGAGAACCUAUGGCUAAGUCAUCGGUGGUGUCAGUCUACAUUACAACGGUAUUUCCUACUGAACGCGCAAGAAUUAGAAAAUCUAUGAAGGAGCUUGAAGCUUUAGAUGAUGAUUGUACGAACAUUCGGAAAGAGAAUUGGCUUGAUAAAUAUGAGAAAAGACCUGAAGAACUCCGCGAUGUUACGUUAGCACAAUUUGUUGCAAAAUAUUACCUAAAUACAAAGGGGACUUACACUAAAAGAGAUACUGCAAGAAAAAUGAGAUACAGGAACUACGAUAUGGCUGACAAUUACAACUAUUAUAGGCGUGAGAUGGUUCUGUUGCAUGUUCCUUUUCAAAGUGAAGAAAAUGAUAUUAUUGCUGAAAAUAAGUUCAUUCAAAUAUACGAGGACAACAAAGAUACGAUAUUAGAACGUAGGAAAGAAUUUGAAUCAAAUUUGGACAUAGAGAAAACUUUAGAAAUUUGUAGACAGUUGUGCCGAGAAAACGAUGAAGAACAAGAAGACGUAGAAUUAUUAAGAGCGGUUGAUAUAUUGCAUGUAAGAGAUCUUUAUGACUUAUUGCUACGUGAUCCAAACUCAACUGCUAAUGUUGAUUUACAAAAUGCAUCUCUGCAUAAAAUUGGCGCUGUAGCUAAAAAAAGAGAAAAUUUAAUGGAUUAUCAACAAUUCUAUAAUUUAAUGCGGAUGGCCAAUGAUCAACAAAGAGAUAUUCUUAUGACUAUAAUUCAUCAUUUACAAACUUCAAUUCAAGAACCAUUUCAAAUUUUUUUUACGGGACCAGCAGGUACGGGAAAAUCAUUCGUUAUCAAACUGAUUAUGGAAAUUUACAAUAGGUUCACUGAUAAUGAUGGUUACUGCAAUGCCUAUAUUACAUGUGCUUCAACCGGCAAAGCUGCCGUGGCUAUUGACGGUACAACUGUUCAUACAGCGCUCAAAAUUUCUCUUUCAAAACUUUUGCCUCUGUCAUCAGAAACGAUGCAAUUGUAUAGAUCUCUCUUCAGAUAUGUCAGAGUACUGAUCAUUGAUGAAAUUAGCAUGGUUAGUGCAGAACUUCUACAUAAAAUUGAUAAUCGUCUAAAACAAAUAACAGGCAAAAACACAGAUUUCGGAAGUAUAGAUGUUAUUUUGUUCGGAGAUUUACGGCAAUUGCCACCAGUAAGAUCGACACCAAUUUACAAGACAAUCAGAAUGAGCAUGAUUGGACCGCAUUUAUGGAGAAAAUUAAAAUUUUAUCAACUCACCACAGUAAUGAGACAAGCUAAUGUUGCAUUUUCACAAGUUUUGACAAAAAUAGGUAAUGGAGAUAUACUAGAUGAGCAUGAGUUUCAACUUAUUGAAUCGAGAUUUUUCAAAAAAUAG